AUGGAAGAACAAAAGAUCUUAUGUAUAUCUUUUAAUCAAGACUUCUCAUGUUUUGCUCUUGGAACUACAAAAGGUUUUUUUGUAUAUGGUAUUGAACAAACUCGAUUAAGAGAACGUUUUAAAAGAAAUUUCAAUGGAGGUGUUGGAAUUAUUGAAUUAUUAUAUAAAUCAAAUUUGGUAGCAUUAGUUGGAGGUGGACCACAACCCGUUUUUCCACCAACUAAAGUUAUUAUUUGGGAUGAUUAUCAAAAUAAAGGAAUUGCAGAAUUAGAAUAUGACACCCCUGUACGUGCAGUAAGAUUAAAAAGAGAUAUUAUUGUUGUUGUAGUUGAUACUUCAGUAUUUGUUUAUGACUUCAGAAAUUUAAAUUUAAGACAAACUUUUAAAACUUGUCCAAAUCCAAAAGGAUUAAUUGCCGUUUCAUCUUCAGAUAAGAAAGUCAUUGCUUAUCCUUCUGUUCAAGAAGGUAGUGUUGUCGUUGCUAAUUUAGAAACAGGUGCUUCUACUACAAUCGAAGCACAUAAACAUUCUAUUUCUGCUUUAUGUUUAAGUCCUGAGGCCAAUUUAUUGGUUAGUGCAUCUUCAGAAGGAACAUUAUUUAGAGUAUGGGAUACUGCACGUGGUGAGAAAGUAGGAGAAUUUAGAAGAGGAAAAAGUGUAGCUGAGAUUUAUAGUGUUAAUUUCAGUCAAGAUAGUAAAUUUAUUGUAACAAAUAGUAAUAGAGGAACAAUUCAUGUUUAUUCUCUUUCUCAAGAUGGAGACGUUUCUAAUAAAGAGUCUAAAUUUUCUAAAAUCGUUCCAGGAUUUAGUGGAAUUUAUGGAUGUUGUGAAUGUCCAAUUACACCAGACAUUUACACUGCAGUAUUCUUCGGAUGGCAAAAUAGUCCAACCACUUGUGUGAUGGGUAUUACUAUUGAAGGAGUAUUUAUGAAAUUCAAUUUACAAACAGACAAAGGAAAAGUGAUAAUGAUAUUGGAAGAUUCAUCUCCCAUUCUUUAA